CUGCUCGUCCCGAGUCCCCCAAACCGUCCUCGGCCCGGGCCAAGGCGUCUGGCAAGAGCUCGACGCUCAAAACCCGCCAUGCGCAUCAUUCCCGGCUGACCCAGGCGGUCGAUACCAAUGUUUCUUCAUACGACAGGACAGAUCCGUUCAUGGCCUUCAAUGUGCUCCUGAAAUUGUUCGGAUCCUUGCCCUCUCGUCUCGGGGGCUGCCAGUACAAACUCACCCCCGACGAACACAAGCUGUCACUCCAUCUGCUCACCAUCGUCGAGCCCUUCGUUGGGCUGGCGCCGUCGCGCCGCACCAUCACGCGCCAGCCGACGGAGAUCCUGGACGCGAUCGCCUCGCACGUCGACACGAAGCGGGACCUAUUCUCGCUGGCGCUGUCGUGCCAGCGCAUGCACGACGUCGUGUUUCCGCGGCACUUUCACUACCGGCACAUCCGCUGCAAGGUCUCGUCCCUGAGUGUGUGGAACCACCUCAUCGUGCACCGCUCGCUCGCGCGCAAUGUCCGCCAACUGGAGAUUGUGGAUGAAAGAGCCCCGCUGUCCGAGCUCCUGGUGCCCGGCGACAUCAUCUCGACCGACACGGAUAUGGAGUCGACGGACGACGAGCUCGGGAUGCAUCAGAAGCAGGAGCGAUUCUUGGUCAACGCUCUGCAGAAAAUGGGUCAGCUGACCAGCUUCUCUUGGUCGUGCAACCACUCGCCAAUCUCAAUCGAUGACAUCUGGCCGAUCCUCCUCAGGUGUCAAACUCUGCAGGCGAUCAACAUAAAUGAUAAUCUGGUCUUCUCGGCGGUCAAGGGUAUGUCUGAAGAGGAUUCGACAAGCAUCAGCAGCAGCACAACCGCGCGCGCCGUUGUGCUCCAUCGCCUCAAGUCCGUCGCAGUUCGCUCCACGAAGCACACGUUCGGAUCCUCCAAGAGCCCUGGGCUCAGUCGUGUGCAGGCAAUGCUAACCAACUGUCCCAAUCUAGAAGACUUGGACAUAACAUACACCCAGCCCAGGGGAGGACAGCCCGGCUCCUAUCCCUCCGCAGACGAGCUUCUUCUGUACAGCCGCUUCCCGCAUCUGACGUCGCUCGUCCUGAACAAUCUGCGCUGCUCCAUUGCUGAUGCGCCGGCGACGUUUCUCGCGUCCCACAGCGCCUUGACGCAUCUGCGCAUCGACAUCGGCGCGUCGCACCGGCUCGUGCUCCCGCCCAACGCCCUGCCUCAGCUGCGUGAGCUGCACUGCAACAAGGACAUCGCCACGGCCGUGCUCUCGAGCCCGUCUCGCGCUCCUCGGCCGCUCGAGACCCUGAAAGGCGUGCGGCUCUCCGGCCCCGCAGCGGGCAAUGCAGAUCAGUUGUUCCUCGCGAGUCUGCGUCAGUUUGGCUCAACCGUGCGCCGCAUCGAGCUGGCCGGCUGGACCGAGCUGGAGGACAUCCGCCGCCUCGCCGAGAGCGCACCGCUGCUGGCGUGGCUCGACGUCGGCAAGAAGGGCGCCGCGGGCUCGUCGCGCGGCCCGCCCGUGAGCAACGCCGCGGAGUGGGCGCAGAUCCUCGCGGCGCUGCCGGAGCUGGCGACGUUCCACGGCGUGCGGUUCUUCUACGAGGUGUCGGGCACGGCGACCGCCGCGAAUCUGACCCUGGCUGACCGCAGCCGGGUGCGCAAAAACGACGAGGUGGCGGGCGUGCUGGCCUGGAAAUGCACCAAGCUGAGGAGAUUGGAUCACUGGGAGGAGGGCGGUGGGAAGGUCGUCGUCCUCGUGCGCGAUGUGGAGAGUCAGCGGGAGCUGCGUGUUCGGUGGGAGGUCAGAAGGGUCAAAUCUUGAAAAGACUGGAAAAUCUAUGGAAAUUUAUCGCACCUAUGCUUACUCACGGACAUCUAUAACCCAUUACUAUACCAACUUAGGCUAUAGCAACACAGCGGAUUCGCACCACCAAAGGUCCAGUUGUCACAAUGCACGUGUACCGUGACUCUACGCGUCCUUGGAAGGUAAGGCUGUGCGUGACGCGUAUUCAUUCUUCGCUCUCGCAGCGCGGGUAUUCAUAGGAGGGGGACUCCUGCAUCGUUCGACCCAUGCUAAUAUAGGAGAAAACGGUCUGCGAAGUUAUACAGUCGAUGCAGCACCAUUACCAGAACAAGACAGAAAACUUGACGAUGAAGGAAUUGCCAAAUCAACGAGAACAGCUGAGGAGGUCGGAAGCGAUGAAGCACGAGCCUAGCCCUCCGGAAGGCUCCAAUGCGCGGAGUGGCUGUAGACCAUUGUUGUCCGGAUAUGGUACCUCUUGUAAGGCUAAGAACGCGAUGCAUUGUGUUGUCCCGUUCAAAGCGCAUCGCACAUAUAAAAGACGUGCUUAUCCCGAGGACGAGUCUGCCCCACUUCUGCCACCGUCACCGAGAUGAGAACGACAGUCAAAACACCUCCGCGGCGCAAGUCAGUCAUCAAUCUCUUCACCACGCCCCCUUUGCGCCGAUCCGACCGCUCCACACGGCCGACCGACGACUACGACCUAGAUGACGACGAAGACGAAGAUGUGUUCAUCGGCACCGGCGACCUGUCGCUCUCCCACCCAUACUUCGUCCCCGGAGGCCCGGGUGCACUGACACCGAAGCGGCCACUACCUCCGUCGACGGUGCCGGGAAAGACGAAGCUGAGGGUCGUGCGGCCAAUGCCACCCGCCCGGCGCGCGUCAACCCACUGCGAGACGUACAAGUUCCGGACCCUCACGCUCAAGGGCGGCCCGAUGACGCCGCGCACCACCACCACCACCACGACGCAAACGGGGUCGAUAGGGACGAUCCCUGAUGAGGUCCUUCCGUGCACGACGCGGGAGCAGAGACUGGCUGCUGCGCAAGCGCGGCUGAAUGUGUUCAUGGGCAGCCGCGACCUCACCAGGUCCCCGCAGAAAGCAUCCAGCAGCGGCAGCAGCAGUGAGGUUGAUUGCAGACGGAACCUGCUGGAAGACCUCAAUCGGGAGGCGCAAGGAGUUGUCGGGCAGGCGAAGGUGGUGCCGGUUCAACCUAAGCAUGCAACAAGACCCCUUCGGGGCAACGCGCGGUUGCCUGCGCGACCUCGGAUUCCUGAUUUUGAUGGGAUGGAUGUUGAUAUAUGA